AUGUCCUCCUCACCAACAUUCACAACCCCCCUCAACCCGCGCCUCGCAGCAGCCGCCGGCGCAGAAGACGACGACCCCCUCUUUUCCUCCGCCCUCGACACCGUAACGCCCAACCGCCGCGCCCUCAGCCUUGACCCCCCUUCCAGCCGCGCCUCCCUCCUCCCACGCACGCCCUCCAACAACAGCAACCCGCUGCGCUCCUCCCUACGCAGCUCAGCCGGCGGCUAUCGCGGCCUCUCCGCCUCGGGCCGCCGCUCCCUCGCCGCGACGCCCCACGCCCGCGCAGCCUACCGCACAAUCGACCAGCGCCGCGCCGCCGCGCUGACACCCGGCGGGAACAAACGCCGCGAGAGCUUCCGGCCGCGGAGGGAGUCGCUGCACGAUGUCCUGCGCGGGUUGAGCCGCGUGGUGAAGCACACCACGCAGCCCAUCUCGUCGUCCUCGUCACCCAGCGACAUCGGAUCGAGAGCAGCAGGGCCGAGCGCGAGUCUGCCAAUACGGACGGUGAAUCGGAGGGGCACGGUGUACGAUGACGACGACGACGAUGACGAGCUUCCGAUCGAUAGGCCGCGGUUGUCGUUACCGCUCGAUGUUGAGGACGACGACGAGGACGAGCUUGUUGCGCCUGAGUUGUCGCAGAUUGAUGAGAAUGCGACGAUUGAGUUCCCGCGGCGGGCGUAUGUGGAUCAGCCGUCGCGCAUGUCGAUGGGAAGCGCAAGGUUGAGCGAAUUUAGGAACUACGGGGAUCUCGACGACGACGAUGAUAAUCGCGGGGAAGGGUUCUUUCCUGCGUUUGAGGUUGGGGCGUUAGAUGAGGAGGGGAGGGAGCCGGAGGAUACUUUGGACAGGGUCGAGGAGGAAGACUUGAGGCGGCAGACUUUGGCUUCGGCGCGGGAUAGCGAUUUCGGGUUCGAGGUGCCCGUUGACGCGGAUAACCAGACGACGUUCAUGAUGGCGGUGGACGGGCAGAGCUCACCGGCACGACCGCUGCCCGAGAUCACAGACGAACAGCCGUCGCUCAACAUUGCGCCGGUAGACGACGAGCCAGCGGCCCCGCUGGACGAGGACCUGGGUUUCGGAAACUCGUACUACGACAUGCGCAGCUCGACGCCCAUCGAGCCCACCGAAGCGACGCAAGGAGAUUUGGACGGUCGGAUAGAGGUGAGCGCUGCGCAGCUGGAGCAGGAGCAAGGACAGAGGCCGCGCAAGACGAAGCGCGGCGUGAAGCUGUCAAAGUACAACGUGGAGUAUCCGUCGCUGCCGCCCGCGGUGGUGAAGCGGCUGGCCAACACGUUUGCCAAGUCGAGCGGCAUCAGCAAGACCAAGAUUAGCCCGGACACGCUGGUUGAGAUCCAGAGGGCGUCAGACUGGUUUUUUGAGCAAUUGGGCGACGAUUUGUCUGCGUAUGCGAAGCAUGCCAAGCGCAAGACUAUUGAUGAGAGUGAUAUGCUCACUCUCAUGCGAAGGUAUGUCUUCUUUUUUAUGAGCCUUUCCCUAUUCGAACUUUGCGUGCUCCAAUUCAGGGGUAUCGACAGUCUUUUGAGAGGAAGGGGGUUUCCCUUUUUAUAUCCACAAGCCUUUUGUUCUUUUGGUACAAAUACAAUGAUGUCUAAUAUCCUUACAGACAACGCCAGACCAGUUCGACGACGACCCCCUUUUCAUUGGCACACAAACACCUGCCCCGAGAGCUGUUGCAGGAGUUGA